AUGGCUGGGACUGACGACGACCGCCGCGAACGCCGGCGACGAGAUGCGCCCCAAGACGACCACUACUCGAGCUCAAGACGACGCGAUGAAGACCGCCGGACCUCUCACCGGGACAGCUCUCGACGGAGAUCGUCUCGCAGUCCAGCUGAAAGGACCAACGGUCGAAGUGAUCGUGAUCGACCUCGCCGCGAGCGCAGAGAACGAUCAACAAGCUCAGCUGGUGAAGAUCGCCGCAGACAUAGACAUCGCAGCCACCGACACCGAGAUACCCGUGAAGAUGAAGGACGAUCAUCUCGGAGACACCAUGGUACGCGAUCUCGCUCUCGCUCUCGCUCACCACAAAAACCACGCAGCCCUCCACCACAGGCAUUGGAGCGACGCGGCCCCCUCCCCUCGCAGAGCGAUGCGUUCACCGAUGUGGCCCACCCUGGAGAGGCACCUGCCCCAGAAAAGCAAAAGCCAAACUUCAAUGCCACGGGCAGACUCGCAGCAGAAACCAAUACAGUUCAAGUUCAGGGCGGUGCGGAAAUAGUUCUGAAAUACCAUGAGCCUCCAGAGGCGCGCAAGCCACCCUCCAAGGAAGCCUGGCGCAUGUAUGUGUUCAAAGGGCCAGACUUACUGGAAACCGUUGAAUUGGCUGAACGCAGUUGCUGGCUGGUCGGUCGCGAGCGUAUGGUGGUAGACUUCCCACUCGACCAUCCCAGUUGUUCGAAGCAGCAUGCAGUGCUACAAUUCCGAUUUGUUGAAAAGCGCAAUGAAUACGGUGAUCGCAUCGGCAAGGUCAAGCCUUAUCUGAUUGAUCUUGAGAGUGCAAAUGGAUCGAGUAUUAAUGGGGAGACCAUUCCCAGUGGUCGCUACGUGGAAGUCAUGGACAAGGACGUAAUUCGCUUCGGCCUGAGCUCGCGCGAAUACGUUUUGAUGCUGCCUCCUAGCUGA